AUGUUUUCCAAAUCUCUUCUUUUUGCUUUCGUAGCCUCUUCCCUCUUCCUCGCCAAUGCUGAUGUUGAAGCUAGUUCCAAACCCAACCGUCUUGAUACGUUCGAUUCUUACCUUUCCCCCGCCGCCACCAACCUAGAGAAACGCUACGUGUGGGAGCCAGUCCACUACAGAGAAUUCGACCCCAGCAAGGACGUACGGACCCAUGGCACUGUAAAACCGGCGGAUCGCAAACCUAGGCCUGAUACGACUCAUCGAGACUCCGACGUUACCGACUACUACCAAGGCGCUCCAUCGUCGAUCACCAUCACUUCCUCGGUAGCGAUCGCUCCGAUUGACAAAGGUUUCCUCGGUAUCUGCACGCUCCAAUUUGCUGCUUAUGAUGGAAUCUAUUCGCUGGAUAACAAUCCUCGUGGUUCCAUGGUUCAAGCGUUUAUGACCGAAGCCCGAAAGUCCGCCAAGUGCAGUUGGACUUCCCCUACCAAUAUUCAGUGUAUAGAGCAAGGUGGAAAGACGGAUAUGGGCGCCAACGAUACGAUUUGGUGGAAACAGGCAUUCUGCAGGCGUUGUUCCGACGCUGGUGGAAAAAACAGAAAGGAAUUCGCCUGUCCGGAGGAUCCGAAUGGCGCAAAGAUGGAGGGGUCGAAGGAUGUGAAGAAGGGUUCGAAGGAUGUGAAGGAGGACUAG